UGAUAAACCCCCAGCAGGAUAACUCUUGUAGGUUCAUCCUGUUUCUGAGCUCCAAGCUGGUCACCAUGCGUGAGAUUGUUCACCUGCAGAUCGGACAGUGCGGGAAUCAGAUCGGAUCAAAGUUCUGGGAGGUGAUCAGUGAUGAGCAUGGCAUCAGUGCAGUUGGAGCGUAUGAAGGAGACAUGGACCUACAGCUGGAAAGGGUCAACGUCUACUUUAACGAAGCCCAUGGGGGGAAGUAUGUCCCCCGAGCCCUGCUGGUGGACCUGGAACCAGGAACUAUGGAUAGUGUGAGAGGAAGUCGAAUAGGACAGCUCUUCAGACCUGAUAACUUCAUCCACGGGAACUCUGGAGCUGGGAAUAACUGGGCCAAAGGUCACUACACAGAGGGUGCAGAGCUGGUGGAGCAGGUGGUGGAUCGUGUCCGUAAUGAAGCUGAGAGCUGCGACUGUUUGCAGGGCUUCCAGUUUGUUCAUUCUCUGGGUGGAGGCACUGGUUCGGGCAUGGGCACACUGAUUAUCAACAAGAUCAGAGAGGAGUAUCCCGACCGGAUUAUGAACAGCUUUAGCAUUAUGCCCUCGCCUAAGGUCUCAGACACGGUCGUAGAGCCGUAUAAUGCCACGCUGUCCAUCCACCAACUGAUAGAGAACACAGACGAGACGUACUGCAUCGAUAACGAAGCACUAUAUGAUAUAUGCUUUCGAACGCUAAAGCUCACCACGCCAACCUACGGAGAUCUCAACCACCUCGUGUCCCUGACCAUGAGUGGGGUCACCACCUCCCUACGCUUUCCAGGUCAACUCAAUGCCGACCUUCGCAAGCUGGCUGUCAACAUGGUGCCAUUUCCUCGUCUUCAUUUCUUCAUGCCUGGCUUCGCUCCUCUGACGGCUCGAGGCAGUCAACAGUACCGGGCACUUACUGUUCCUGAACUCACCCAGCAGAUGUUUGAUGCUCGGAACAUGAUGACGGCAUGUGACCCCCGCCGUGGGCGCUACCUAACUGUGGCGGGGAUUUUCCGUGGACGGAUGUCCACCAAAGAGGUCGAUGAGCAAAUGCUUGCCAUUCAGCAAAAGAACAGCAACUACUUUGUGGACUGGAUUCCACACAAUGUCAAAGUUGCUGUCUGUGACAUCCCGCCACGGGGCCUGAAAAUGGCUUCCACCUUUAUUGGAAACAACACAGCCAUCCAGGAGAUUUUCCGGAGAGUCGGGGAGCAGUUUGCCAUGAUGUUCCGCCGCAAGGCUUUCCUGCACUGGUACACGGGAGAAGGCAUGGAUGAGAUGGAGUUCACAGAAGCUGAGAACAACCUCAACGACCUGGUGUCCGAGUACCAGCAGUACCAGGAUGCCACAGCCCAUCAGGAGUGGGAGGCCGAGGAGGAGCUGGCGGAAGUGGAGGGGCCCUCGUCAACAGUGACAAGAACCAGAGUAGAGAUAACUGAAAAAGUGACAGAGACCACAGAGAUGGCAGAGUGAAGUGUGCUCAUAAGUGCUGAGCAAAUUUGAAUGGAAUUAUUAUGUUAUCGUUUUAUUAUUAUUUCUAGUUCGUACAAAGAUACUUUUACUCCAUGGUGCAGACAAACUUUGUACGGUAGAGGGUUUUUAACUCUUAUAUUUUUAAAGUGUGCCUGCAUGCUUAAACUCUUUUCACUUCUGCUUUCUUAGAUUAAUGAAAACAGUUCUAAAAUUUGAGCACAAAGUUCACUGUAAAUACUAAAAUAAAAGUACUACUUAAAAUCCAUCUCAUUUCUAAUAAUUCUGCUGAGGACUGAAAACAUCUUAAAAACACUGGGCAUGCUAACCCCUCUAAGAAAAACUGUUAAGACUUAAGAAUGCCCUGAAACUGGCACGUCACCCUCGCCACACUUGCCUGGCCUGACAGGACAUGAUUAAACUUACUCAGCUCUGCAAAAACUGAUAAGCAGCCAGGGCACGAGUUCCCUCCACCGCAGUCCUAAUGUAGCUACAUUACAUUUUAUCUUGCACACACACAUCUUCAUUACUACAGUUGAACAAAACUGCAAAUAGUGCCUUGCAAAAGUUUUAACCUCAUUAAAAGUAAUCAUCUACUUUCUAUUAUGUUGCUCUUAAUCCACCUCAAAAUUUAUAAUCAGCAGAUUUUUACAGAGUAUCUAAAAAGUAAGUACACCCCUCACAUUUUUGUAAAUAUUUCAUUAUAUCUUUUCAUGGGACAACACUGAAGAUAUGACACUUUGAUACAAAAUAAAGUAGUCAUUAUAAAAGCGUGACUUUGCUGUGCCCUAAAAUAACUCAACACAGCCAUUAUCAUCUAAACCACUGGCAACAAAAGUGAGUAAACCCCUAAAUAAAAAUGGCUAUAUUGUGCUCAAAGUGUCAAUAUUUUUGUGGCCGCCAUUAUUUUCCACCUCUGACUUUGCUCUCUUUGGCCUUUGAGUUCACUACAUUUUCACAAAUAGCCACUUGAAUCCUCCUCCACUCCUCCAUGACAGAAGAUCUGGUCAAUGUAACUUUACUCUUCUCCACCUUCCGUUGGAGGAUGCCCCACAGAUGCAUAAUAAAGUAUAGGUCUGGAGACAUGCUUGGCCAGUCCUUCACCUUUACCAUUAGCUUCCUCUACAAUGCAGUGGUCAUCUUGGAUGUGUGUUUGGGAUCGCUGCUGUGUUGAAAAACUGCUACAUGGCCCAGUUCUGGAAGUAAGGGAUCAUGCUCUGCUUUAAAAUGUCACACUACAUGUUGAAAUUCAGCUCCAUGUUUGAUUGUAUGCAAGUGAGAUUGGUUUUUCAUAAGCUUGUUGGACCACAGGACAUGGUACCAGUAAUCCACGCCUUUGGAAUUGUCUUUAGUUUGUGCAUUAGUAUCAGAAGUAGCUUCCUUCUAAGACAGUGCCAUGCUGACAGUUAAUGUAAUGUGUGGUCCAUAGUCUGAGCACUGCAAGCUGACCUCCCCCUCCUUCAAGCUCUGUAACAAUGAUGGAAGUACUCAUGCAUCUGUUUUUUAAAGCCAGCCUCUGGAUAUUUCACAGAACACUUUAAUUCAGCUUACAUGGUCAACCCUGGGGAGGCCUGUUCAAGGUAGAACCAAUCCUGGAAAGCUGCUGUAUGACCUUGGCCAUCCUGCUGUAGAGUAUUAAUGAUGGGUAUUAACAAUCUUCUUGUAGCCUAGGCUGUCUUUGUUGAGAGUAACAAUUUUGUUUCUCACAUCCUCACCUAACUUUCUUGCUAUGAAAGUAUUAGAGAUUUUUACCCAAAACACCAAUUUUAACAGCAAGUCACAUCACCUCCAGAAAAAAUGGCUAAUUGGGCACCAUUUGGCCAGUUUCACUUAGGAGUACAGCAAGGAGUACAGGGCACAGCAAAUUUAGUUAUACAAGCUGUAUAACAAUUUGUACACUGCGAGUUUUGUCCUGAGAAAAGAUUAAAAUAUUUACUUUUAUUUAUAAAAAGAUGUUUACCUACUUUUGUGAGGUCAUAUGUAUUCAUGCUAACUUUUAUCCUUGUCUUUUUUUUUAUCUUGCAUAUCUACUAUCUGUGCCCAACACAUUUACAUUACAUAUUAUCAAUGACUUUGGGUUGCAUGUUAUGUAUGAAAGGUGCUAUUCUAAUAAACUGCCCUUGUGAUUGCAA